AUGGCAAGCCUCUUCGCCCACGGCACCAACGCCACUGCGGGCGCAGGCGUCGCCGCACCCAGCCUCGACAACCUCGCCGCUACGCCCUUCUACUUUUCGCCCACCUCCUCCGUCCUCCCCUUCCUCUCGGACAAGUACCUCUCGCUCAUCGCCCCCGUCGUCGUCUACUGGGCCGUCUCGCUCUUCUACCACAGCCUCGAUGUCCUCCGGCUACCCUUCACAGAGCAGUACCGCCUCCAUGAGCCCGAGGAGAUCACCAAGCGCAACCGCGUCAGCGUGCAGCGCGUAGUCGGCAUGGUCGUCGUGCAGCAGGUCAUCCAGACCCUCCUCGGCCUCGCCGUCCUCGAAGACGACCAGACGGUGCUGCGCGAGACGUUUGCCGAUCACCAGGCAAAGAUUCUCUCGAUCGCCUGGAGGAUCCGCUUCUACGCUGCCAAGCUCGCCGGCCCCUCGGUCGCGCCCGUCCUCGUCCGCCUCGUCACCGGCAGCCAGGACGCCAACCAGGCCGCAAAGUGGCUCUACUGGUGGGGCGUCCCCCUCGCGCAGUUUUGGUUUGCGUUCUUCGUCAUGGAUGCGUGGCAGUACAUGCUCCACCGCCUCUUCCACGAGUCCCGCUGGCUCUACCGCAACUUCCACUCGCACCACCACCGCCUCUAUGUCCCCUAUGCAUUCGGCGCGCUCUACAACCACCCCGUCGAAGGCCUGCUGCUCGACUCGGCGGGCGCCGUCCUGUCGCAUGCCGCGGCGCGGAUGACGGUGCGGCAGGGCAUCGUGCUCUUCACCUUUUCGACCAUCAAGACGGUGGCCGACCACGGCGGGUACGCGUUCCCGUGGUACAUUGACCCGCUGCACCUCAUCUUCCCGAACAAUGCCGAGUACCACGACGUGCACCACCAGAUGACGGGCCUCAAGUACAACUACUCGCAGCCGUUCUUCGUCCACUUUGACGCCAUCUUUGGCACGCGCAUGUCGGCCAAGAAGUUUAAAGCGUUGCGGGAGGGCGCCGAGGAGAGAAAGAGGGCCAAGCAGCAGCAGCAGCAGCAGCAGCAGUGGCAGGCGGCGAAGGGAAGCGAGGGUGGGUCCGAGGGCAAGUCGGGCGGUGUGGCCGCGGAGGCACCGACGCUUGAGACCACUGGGGAGGGUGCGGAUCUGCGACCGAGCGAGAUCCUGGAGCGGGAGAGGGAUCCGCUGGUCACGACUGAUGCGGCGUCCUACCGAGCCAAGGCGGGCACCAAUGCAUCGGACUAG